GUUCCCGGCCUGGCACGGAACGGGUUACAGGUCAGGGUGUCUAUUGGAACACAGUGUUCUCAUCAGCCGCGGCAGCGGUACAGCUACAGUACAGCCGGAACAUUGUGUUACUUUGUGGCCGCUUUCCAAGACCUGCCCUUAAUUUUACACUAAACGCCCUCCCACAAACUCUUCUCGUUUUCUACUCCCUCCUCUCUGUGUCUUUUUUUCUUAUUCUAUGCGUGUCUCUGCCUCUCUACAGUAUCUCCCCUGUGUCAUUUUGAAGUCAGAGCUCCAUGUGGCCGCUCCACCGGCACGUUUAUCAGUGAGGACAGAGUGAAAGAGGAGAGGGGGGGGGUGGCUCAGAGACAAAAAGAGCGCUAUCUAAUAACCACAUGGACAGAACAUUUGGUACCCAGCCGAAUACAGUAUAAGAGGGGAAAAAAACAAAAACGAGGAGCAUUUUAAGAUUGACCCGGUGAAUUUUUAGCUGCCGGCCGGUUCGGGGAAGACAUUUGACAAAGCGGCUCUCAAGGAAAUUGUUACCCUGUGAUGCCCACCCACCGACAUGACCACUGACCAGGAUUUGCCCAUGGAAGGCCCAUCAGCCACUGCCCUGUUUGCUGCAAAAGGCCUAGAUAUAACACCAAAUAAAGACCAAGGAGUUAUUAAGGUUGUGAAGCGUCAGGGGUUCGAUGGGGAGCAGCCAAUGGUAGGUGACAGAGUCACAGUCCACUACACUGGAAAACUACUAACUGGGAAGAAAUUUGACAGCAGUCGAGAUCGCAAUGAGCCUUUUUGCUUUAAUGUGGGCAGAGGACAAGUCCUCAAGGCCUGGGACAUUGGCGUGUUGACCAUGCAAAGAGGUGAGGUGUGCACCCUUCUCUGUAAACAAGAGUAUGCUUAUGGAAACGAUGGAAAUGCUGGCAAAAUUCCUCCCAACUCUUCAGUUCUGUUUGAGAUGGAGCUGCUCAACAUUGAAGGAGAAUUACUCACAGAUGAUGGUGGUAUCAUAAGAAAAAUACAGCUCAAAGGAGAUGGUUCCAGUAACCCCAAUGAUGGAGCAACUGUGGAUGUGCACCUGGAGGGGCACUGCGAAGGCAGAAUAUUUGACUGCAGGGACGUCAGCUUUACAGUUGGUCAAGGCGAGGACAAAGGCGUUCCCCUGGGAGUGGACCGGGCAGUGGACAAGAUGCAAAGAGGAGAGUGCUGUUUACUUUACUUAAAACCAAAGUAUGGCUUUGGAAGCAAAGGCAAACCAGAGUACAAAAUUGGACCAGACAAAGACGUUUUAUAUAAAGUAACCCUCAGAGACUUUAAAAGGGCUAAAGAAUCCUGGGAAAUGGACUUGAGUGAAAAGCUGGAUUUGGCGGUGGGAGUAAAGAAUAAAGGGAAUCAGUAUUUUAAGGCCGGAUUGUACCGACAGGCAGUCAUCCAGUACCAGCGCAUCAUUUCCUGGUUGGAGAUGGAGUGUGGUUAUGGGCUAGAGCAACUAAAGAAGAUAAAUGACUUUGUUUUGAGAGCCCACCUCAAUUUGGCACUAUGUUUCCUGCGGCUUAAGGAGUUCUCACAAGUUGUGGAAAACUGCAACAAGGUGAUUGAGCUGGACGACGGUAAUGAGAAGGCUCUGUACCGCCGUGGGGAGGCCAGGCUCCUCCGCAACGAGUUCAGCCUGGCCAUGGCCGACUUUCAGAGAGUGCUGCAAGUUAACCCCUCAAAUCGAGCAGCUCGUGCUCAGAUUUCUCACUGCCAGAGCAGGAUUAAGGAACAUCAUGAACAGGACAAGAAGAUCUACGCCAACAUGUUCCAGAAAUUUGCAGAGCAAGAUGCCAAGACCGGGAGGACGAAAAGGAGGCGGAAUGAAAGUGUGAGGACCAGCAUGAACGGUGAAGUGGGCAUUAAACGACGGCGGCGGAGUCAGGACCAUCCAUGGUGACAUUUGAAAGGGACAGGACAAAGCUUCCCGCCCAGGGAGCAGAGGCAGGAUUGACGUUGAAUAAAAAGCGCUCUGCUCCAAACCUUUUCAUCCCAAAAUUCAGCGUGACCAUUCCUGCAUACAAAGCGGAGAGUGAGCAGCAGUGUUUGCAAGCCAAACAGCGUUUCCCCACAUGAACUGUUGAGCUGCUAGGACAUUCCUCCCCGUGGGGAUCGUACUACAGAUUCACUGAGUGAAGAUUGGUGAACACUUCUGGCCCAAGUUUCAGUUGAAAAAAAAAAGAUUUCCUCUAAAACACUGAAGAAUCCCAUAUUCUUCAUCAAUUGUGUAGAGUCGAUAUGUGCCUCCAUAGUGUGUCUUAAUCCAAGAUAGCACUCUAUGGUUUUCAGAACCUUGUAUUUGGUAUGGAGCCUUUUUAGGGCAGCUGCAUGCGUGUAUCAUGAGGUAUUUGGGAUUCAGACUUGAAAAUUUGCUAAUUUUUAUAUGUGCAAUAUGUUUUCUGGAUGAGAGGAAAAACAAGUCCUAACAAUUUCUUCUUUGCCCACAAAUUGAUGUUAGCUCCCAGUGAAUAAUCAGUGUGAAGGCAUUUACAGAAACACUUUUUUUCUUUAGAUUUUGUAGAAAUGGAUAACUACAAUUAAAAACUUUAUCCUGUCACUUCAAGAGGAUUUCAAGUUAUGAAUCCCUGAUCAAAAGCACAUACUACAGGUACCAAAACUGUACAAAAACAUUUAAAAAAUGUAAAACUGGGGACAAAUUUAUAAUUUACUGUAAUCAGUGUUUGGCACCAGUUUUUUCCUUUCCUGUUUUAAAAAAAAUCUCUUUGCAGCGGAACCCAAACUUAUGUUUGGAGUGGUUACUUCCAGAAAAUAAUGUAAAUUGAGCCCUUUCUUUUUUUUUCCCAAACGUACCAGAUAAUCAUUUACUAAAAUAAUAUACAACUCAUACAGUGAUGAUUAGUUUUUUUCUAUUUUAUCUACUCAACAUGUCGGUCAGAAUACAUACACAAUUUGUUUAACAGAAAUAAAUCUGGUACUGUAAUUAGUCAAACAAACAAUGCCAGACAUGUGGUGAGUGAUAAACCUAGGAGACUGUUUACAUUUCAAAAACAGUUGGCAGCUGCAAAAACUUUGAUAAGGUUAAAAAAACUGCAAAAGAUGAAACAUGCUGAAUUGAAUGUUUGUGCAGCUCAUCGUGGUGAUGCAGUGGUUAACACUGUAACCUCACAGCAAGAAGGUUCUUGGUCAACACAGGCCUUCUUGUGUAAAGUCUGCUUGUUGUCUCCGCUGGUUUUAAUCUUUUUCUUCCCACUGCCUAAAGACUUUUAUGUAAGGUUAAUUGGUAAUUCUAACUAAACCAUUAUUGUGAGCAUGAAUGUUUUUUAAUGCACCCCAUCUCAUGUUCCGUGUGAGUUGGAAUAGGCCACAGGCCAUGACUCACUAUGUAGAGUAAAGUCCAAGGGAUAAAGCAAUUAUAGCUGAUUAAUGGAUGAAUGUUUACGCUUCAGAGCUUCAAUGGAAUUUAGAGAUUGACAACUCAAACUGUACUUCUUUUUUCAGCUGAUGUAGGGAAAGCAGCACAGUUACGAAUUCAUAUCGAUAAACCAUACAGUGGGUAAACACCUGCAGAAAUUUUUCCUCUGCUCAGCGAGAAUUCCUAUCAUAAUGGAUCCCAAACACAGAAGGAUUCCACUCUCACUUUUGUUUCUGACAAGGCUUUGAUCAGAAAGUCUAUGGAUAAUUUUGAAUGUCUGGUGUUGUGAUUAUCUACUUGGUGAAACUCCUUUGCAGUGACUCUGUCUCAGCCCUGAAACUGGUCAUUCUCUACUUCAUAUUCGAUCAAUUUUUUUUCUUUUUCCACGUGUGUAUAUGUCAGUGUGGUGGACAACAUUGCACUUUGGUAGCUGUCAAGUCGACACUGUCAUCUUUUCAUGUAACGUCCAGAUAAAAUCUGGACAAUAAUAUUGAGAUGUGUUAUAAACAUGGGUUUGUUCAGAAUGAAAACCUUUUGCUGUCUUAAAUAUUUAGCGUAAAAAAGAAAGUGACAACAGUGUGUGAGUGUGCGUGUCGACAUAAAAUGUUGUAUGUUUGCAAGGUUUUUUAACCGCUUGUUGCUAAAUGUUUUCAAUUGCUGCUGCCUCUAAACAUUCAAAUAUUUUGUACAUUGUAACUGAGCAUGAAGUACUUUUUCUAGCCAUUAAAAAGUGUAGUCAACGAUUUACAGACUGUUUUUCCCACCUGUCAAUUGUAACUAUAAGUCAAAUGUUUCCAGGUGUCUUAGUGCUGCAUUCGUUGUUUUAUUGAGAAUAGGGGUUCCAAAUGCAAUUUUCAUCAAUAAGCAAGAAGAAAAUGCAGCCGGGUAGUAUAAUGGGUUUCAUGUGAGAUAGUUUUAAUCAGAACUGAAACUUUCUGUCAUUAAAACUUGUUUACGUGUAUUCAGACGAUCGUUGUCCUGUAAAGAAAUGAUCGAUGCUUCAAAACGGCUAUUAUGCAAAAGAAAUAUUUUCAGACAAA